GGCGCAUGUUAUCCCAGUUACCCAACAAACCCAGAGCGAUAUCCUGGCACAGCAGGUUUUGCUUGACGGAGAACACUCUCCAUCUCCACGGUGUUUUUGUUUUCGUACGUGGGUACUACGCAAUAACCUAAAAGAUAAUUUUUUUCCAAACAAAGAAAUCCAUUAACCUGGUUUGAUUUGACUUUUGUGUGGCCAUUGCAAAUUUCACAUAUUAAAAGCACCAAUGGAUUCCACAAAGAACGAAGAGGUAACAUUAGAACAAUACGAGAUGGCGGAUGAUAGCAUUCCCUCAUGGGCUAUUACAUUAUUCACAAAGAUGAAAACAGAAAUAUGUGCAGAAGUUCACGCUAAAGUUGCUUACAGUAUGAGGAUCAUGCUUGAUCAAUUCCAUGAAGAUUUGAAAUCUUCUCUACGGUCCUUUCAUGAGCCAAUUACAGCUGAUGAGUGUAGUUGCAAAGAGCUAAAUAAAUGCAGUGAAAAACUAGCUGCUCUUUGUGGAUCUCAAAAUUUAAAAGCGAAAGAAGAGAAAAAAAAGAGGAUGAAAAGAAUUCAGCAAGAAAUCAAGAAAAGCAACAAAUUGCAGAAAAACGUAAGCGAGUCAGACACUGACAAUGAGAAAAAUAUGCUGGAGACUACACCAAAUAAUCUUAUAUCUGCUCAGAACUAUGAAACACCAAAGGUUGCACCACCCAUACCACCCAGAAAAUCAAGUCCUUCAAAAAGUUUGGUUCAAACAGCAGAUUUUUCUGAUACCACAGAUGUUGCUAAUUCAGCUGAAACUACCGAUCCUACUUUGUGUAACAAAGAACUACUUGUUCAUUUAACGAAAUUGUUAAAUUUGGACAGGCAGGAACUAUUAGAUGGACCAGCAGAAACUUCCAAUAUUGAAGAACAAUCACCAGAAUUCCAGUUGUGCAGUUCAGAAAAAGAUGACAAUUCACAAAUGGCCAGUGCUGAAAAUUCGCUUGAGCAGAAACUUCAAAAUCAAGAAAGUCCUGUCUCCCAAACCAGCGAAGUAUUCAGUCCUUCAGAUAGCGAGUUCGAAGUCAUUUCAAUGCCCCCGAACGUCAAUCCUGUCUCUGAAUAUGCUCGAUUGCCAAGAGACAUGUCUCCUUUAAUAUCAGAUUACGAUGACAGCAGUAGCAGCAGCGAUGACUUUGAAACCGAAACCAAGGUCGAGUUUAAAGAUUGCAAACAAAUGUCAGUUGAUAAUACCACCAUUUCCCAAACAAGUGGCACUCUCUAUCCGGCAUUGGAGCUUAAAAAAAUGUCGCUCUCAAUGUCCACAAUGACAUCAUCGACUAACUCGACUGUUUUGGACGGUUACAUGUCGUCGUGUUCUACCGAAGGCGCUGUAGCAUUGGAACCUGUAGUUGAACCUAUCUUAGAGAUCGAACGAGAACGAGCUCCGUAUUGCGUACCAUCAGAAGAGGUCGAAAAAAUCAAUCGCCAAGAAAUAGUACACAGCCAGCCGUUGCCUUCAGAGUUUCUGCGCGAUCGCAAGCCAUAUAGUCACAGUCCGAUGGUUGAGUCGGAACAACAGCCACAGAAACAGCAAGAACAGCAGCAGCAGCCACAACAGCCGCAACAGAUUCCAAAAGUUUCUCGUCCACCCAGGCAUUACCAGCGAGAUUCAAAUUAUCGUGUAGAUAAUAUUCCCGAGUCUCUUUGGGAUGAGACCCUUACCGUAGCUGCUCAGACGUAUUUGAUCUUUAUUAUUUCUACUAUUUUGUACGCAUUUGACAUUUCUCAAUACUUACUUUUUUCUUUUUCCAGAUAUAAUGCAGCAAAAACUGCCAUUGGAAACUUGGCCGACACUUUCGUUCCUGGAGUUGCUUCACAAGCUGCCGCGGUCAGCCCGCAGCCCAGAAGCAGUCCAGUCCGAACACAACCGGCCUAUCGCAUAGAAAUGGCUUCCAAAGAACAGAAACUUUUCGAAAUGGGUUUCUUGGAUCAUGGCCUCAAUGCUACGCUCUUGAUACGCCACAAUGGCGACAUGGACCGUGUUAUCGCCGAAUUAAUCGAACCUAUUUAGUUUACGCUUGCUUACAAUCUCUUGAAAACUUUGUACUUUGUCUUACAAUUUAUGUUUUCCUUUCUUCCUUUUCCAUUUGAUUCGUGAAGGGUGGUAAAAAGGGGGGGGGGAGAUGCCAACUUGGGUAAUAGAGGGAAUCAAGAAGAACGAGUUUUAUUCUAAUUCUUAUCUUGCUUACUAUGUUUUUCUACGUACUAUAUAAUACCUUUUCAAAUCAAAUUAUCCGGCAGGGAGUGAAGGGGGUGAUUCGUAGUGGCCUAAAAAUCGGUUUGUAAAAGUUGACGUGAUUGCCAGGAUAUUUUGUACCUUCGUACAUCACAUUAGCACAUAAUUUUUACCUUACUAUUUUGGCUUAGAUUAUAAUCCAUCCAUCCUUGGUUUGUGUAAUCCGGAAAACUGUGAUUCUAAAAAUAAAACCGUUAUUUCGAAGAG